UACGAUUUGGCCCAAUUCAAGGCCCGGCUGUUUAAUACUACUGUCCUCAAUUCGCACUUUCUUCUUCCAGUCCCUCUCCUUCCGUCUGUUAAACCCUAAACCCUAGCCGUCCACGAAGAGGAAGCAGACUUUUUCUCCUUCAACUAAUUCAACUUUAAUGGCGCCUACUGCCCUUAGAAAGAAAAAGGGUCCAAAAGCACAGAAGCCUCCACCAAAAAAGAAGCAAAAGAAGAACAAUCUGUUCACUGCAAAACGUUCGAAAAAGGAAGAUAUUUCUGAUGAUUUGAAUUCUGAUAUUUCAAAUGAAGAAGUAAAAGACCCUCAAGAAUUUGAACAGGAAGAGCAAGACUCUGAUUCAGAAGCUGGUUCAGAAUUAUUUUCUGAUGGAGAUGAUCCCCUUGUUGAUGAUUUCCUUCAAGGAAGUGAAGAUGAAGGCAAAGGUUUGGGUUCAGGUUCUGACUCUGGCUCAGAUUCAGAUUCGGAUUCAGAUGAUGAAUCUGAUAUUGAAAAGAAGUCAAGAGCUAUUGAUGAAGCUCGAGCAAGGGAAGAACAAGAAGCUCUUGAAGAAAUGCAGCUCAACAUUAAAGAAGAGUCUGAUGAAUUCAGAUUGCCAACCAAGGAGGAACUUGAGGAAGAAAAACAGCGACCUCCUGAUCUUUCGAGUCUUCAGAGAAGGAUUAAAGAGAUUGUUCGAGUGCUUUCAAAUUUUAAGGACUUGUGUCAAAAGGGAAGAACUAGGAAAGAAUAUGUUCAACAGCUUAAACUGGAUCUGGGUUCAUACUAUGGUUACAAUGAAUUUCUAAUUGGGGUUUUGGUGGAGAUGUUUCCACCUGUUGAACUUAUGGAACUUAUCGAAGCCUUUGAAAAGCCUCGACCUAUAUGCUUAAGAACUAACACAUUGAAGACUCGAAGGCGGGAUUUGGCUGAUGUUCUCAUAAACAGAGGAGUAAAUUUAGAUCCAUUAAGCAAGUGGUCAAAAGUAGGGUUGGUAGUCUAUGAUUCUCAAGUGCCGAUUGGUGCAACUCCUGAAUAUAUGGCAGGUUAUUACAUGCUACAAAGUGCAAGUUCUUUUCUGCCGGUAAUGGCUCUUGCUCCCCAAGAAAAUGAGCGAGUUGUUGAUAUGGCGGCUGCACCUGGUGGUAAAACAACAUACAUUGCUGCUCUUAUGAAAAAUACUGGUCUAAUCUAUGCAAAUGAGAUGAAAGAACCAAGGCUUAAGUCUCUGACUGCAAAUUUACAUCGUAUGGGGGUGACAAAUACUGUAGUUUGCAACUAUGAUGGGAAGGAGCUACCUAAGGUUUUGGGUGUCAACACCGUCGAUAGAGUAUUGUUGGAUGCUCCUUGCAGUGGGACUGGGGUUAUAUCUAAGGAUGAAUCUGUUAAAACCUCUAAAAGCCUGGAUGAUAUUCAGAAAAUUUCUCAUUUGCAGAAGCAAUUAAUACUGGCUGCAAUUGACAUGGUGGAUGCUAAUUCCAAAUCUGGGGGUUAUGUUGUUUACUCCACUUGCUCCAUAAUGGUUCCUGAGAAUGAAGCUGUUAUAGACUAUGCACUGAAAAAGAGGGAUGUCAAACUUGUACCAUGUGGACUUGACUUUGGACGUCCAGGAUUUGUUCGCUUUAGGGAGCACCGGUUUCAUCCUUCCUUGGAAAAGACAAGGCGAUUUUAUCCUCAUGUUCACAAUAUGGAUGGUUUUUUUGUAGCCAAGUUCAAGAAAAUGAGCAAUUCUAAGUCAACUCCUGUAGCUUCUGAACCUGUAGAAUCCAUUGAACAAGCUUCCGCUUCAAAUGAGAACGAUGGUGAAAAGAACACUGAACAGCCCUUGAAGGAAGAAGGCACUAGAGAUGCUAAAGGCAAUAAAGAAGCUAAGGAUGCAAAGAAAAAGAAACGAAGGUUAGAUGAAAACGGAAAUGGAGAGUCCCAAUCCAGUCCACACAAAAGGAAGAAAAGGAAAUUCCCAUCUAGAGAGGAAAUCUCAAAAGUCAGAGAAGAGAAGAGAGACGUAUUGAGGAAAAAGAAGGCUGGUAACAAGAAGGAAGGUGGUGAUAGCAAAUGAUCAGUUGAUGACAACACAGGAUGGUGGUUUGCGAAUCAGUAACACUAUGAUUCAUUUCUGAUGGGAGCAAGGAACAACCAGGCCGGAAUGUGACGUCUAACAGCGGCAAAGUAAACAGGCAUCUAACCAUAUUGUCAAACAGUAUUUAAGGAAUCAAUCAGAAGCUCAAGAUUCUGUAACCCUUUGCUUCAAAGUAUCCAGUUUUGAGUAUCUAUGGUAUUUGAUUUUUGUUUAGUUAUGGGUGGAAGAGAAACACUCAUCUUAUGAUAUGACUUUGGGGCUGUACUGGGCCAAAAAAUUUUGUCAUCUCACAAUGUCAAAAUUCAAAAUUGUGCCAUUAUUAUUAUAUAAUCGGUUGUUGUAAGUGGCAUUGUUCAUAUCUGGGGUUGAUUUGCAUACACUCAUUUCUCUCCCACAAGAACUAUUCUGUGCUUUUGUCAUGCCAAUCUAGACCUGUUUUCAGGAGCGUUUUAGAUUUGAUUGAAAUUAAUUUGAAUUUGAAUGAUCA